AAAAGACAAUCCAAAGAGCCUUUGUUGUAGCAACCUAAAGCAUAAAGAAAGGGAACCGAAAAAAAUAAUGAAGAAUCGAAGAACUAAUUAGCCUGUUAGCCAUCUUUGGCCUCUGUCAUUGUUUUUUUUUUUCUUUUGCUUUGGCAACAGCAGAGACAAGACCCUUUUAAUCUGCUUCUCUUUUGCCCGGCAAAGUAUUAGGCUUCCUCUUUCUUGCUCAUUCAUUCUGGCAAAAUAAGGAAAAUCAUGAUCUACAUAAUUCAAAAAUACGACUUUCGAUCUUAAACUGUAUCAGUAGAAUAAAAAAAGGGUGGGAUCGAAGGAAAAGACAGUUCUUUCAAACGAAUUUGACAAUUAUUACGGGAUGAUACUGAAGUCAAAAUGAGGAGACUUGCAUGCAGGGGUGUAGAUGAAUGAGUUGAAAAACAGAGGGUCAUUCAUGGAAAGGAAACAUUAAAAAUGGUGGUAAUUAAUUAUUCUAGUAGUAGUAAUUAACAAACAAAUUAGACCGCGAAAUCAAAGAGAUUCUUGAUUUACUAUAAAAACCCAUCUAAAAUCAUUACUUCAACAGAAAACGUUAGAACAACUUGACACAACACCAACACUACGGUACGGUACAUAAACGAAUUUCUCUCUCUCUGCACAUGACUCGUCCUUUCAGGCUCCUAGGAGCCGCCAACUCCUCGGCAACUAGCGAGCCUCCGCCGCCGCCUGAACAAGCGGCAACCGUCGACUCCGACUUCGUCGUAAUUCUUGCAGCUCUCCUCUGCGCCCUUAUCUGCGUGCUGGGCCUCAUCGCUGUCGCACGCUGCGCCUGGCUUCGCCGACUUUCCGGCGGCUCUGCCUCCAACCCAGCAGAUACACCCCGUCCUACGCCUCCUGCCAACAAGGGCCUCAAGAAGAAGAUCCUCAAGUCCCUCCCUAAAGCCACCUUUUCAGCUGAAUCUUCUGCCAAAUUCUCCGAUUGCGCGAUUUGCCUGACGGAGUUCGAGGUGGGCGAUGAAAUCCGGGUGCUGCCGCAGUGCGGCCACGGCUUCCACGUGGCCUGCAUCGACACUUGGCUGGGGUCCCAUUCUUCCUGCCCUUCCUGCCGUCAGAUUCUGGUAGUUGCCAGAUGCCGCAAGUGCGGCGGUUUGCCCGGGUCGGGGGCUUCAACCUCUGGAACUGACUCUGAGGUCGGAUUGAAGGAGCGUGAAGAUGAUGUCAAUAGGUUCUUGCCCUAGCCUCUCAGUCUCAGGGUUCCCCAUUUUUUCUUUCUUUUCGAAGUUAAUUCUGUUAGGUUAGUUUGCCUCCUGAAUUGUUACUACUACUACUAGCAUUUAGGUUUGGACUUUAUUCGAAUUUCUGUGUAGUGCUAUUUGGUUUGGUGUAUGUAUAAGUUAAGUGGUACUUAUGUAUGUAAAAAAUAUAGGCAGAAUUCAGAAUGUCAGAUUCCUGUAAGGACAUGAUUAGUUCAGAUUACCCACACAAAAAAGAUUAAUGGUUUCAGAAUGAAAAUUGAGCAA